AUGCCAGCCAACAAUGCUCCUAAUUCGUCGCCGGGCUCUGAUGAAGCCACAGGCACGACAGCUCUUCCCCUCGCUCGUGUAAAGAAGAUCAUUGCCCAAGAUCCCGAUAUUGUCAAGUGCUCUACCACAGCAACCUUUUCAAUAGCAGUGGCUACUGAGAUCUUUAUCCGCUAUUUGACCGAGCAAGCGCACAACGUUGCCAAAUCAGAACGUAAACCUCGGAGAACCAUUGCAUACAAGGAUAUCGCCACAGCAGUUUCUAGAAUUGAUAACUUGGAAUUCCUGUCAGACACUGUACCUAGAACCAAAACUUAUCGCCAAUUCCGAGAGGAAAAGGCCCAGGAAGCUGCAGCCAGAGCUGCCGAAGUAUCAGCAGGAUCAGUCAACUCGGCCAACGGUGAUGUGAGUUCGAUCUCAAUCCAAACCAUGAUGAAGAAUCCUCAAGCGAAUGGAGCGAAUGGCAUAAAUGGACAUGGUACUAUGCCCGGGUCUCCCAUUGCCCACAGAUCGGCCCAUCAACGAAAUUACAGUAAUCCAGAUCCGGUCAGAGACAUCGACAUGACGGGCUAA